AUGGAGUCGAGAAGAACUGUCAUUCUUCCCGACAUGUUCAAAGCAUUCGUGGUCGAGACUCCGCCUAUGAAUCCCAACUAUGAAACAGUCAAGCCUAUAUCCGAGAGGUGGCUUGCAGAGGUUGAGUUCUGCGACUUUGCCAUCUUUAUCUCCAUCGCUGCUCCUGAUGCUCCAUUCGACAAGCUCAAGACGAUGUGCGAUUGGGGGAACUGGGUCUUCCCUUUCGAUGAUAUGUUUGAUGAAGGAUCAUUGAAAUCUGAUCCAAAACGGUCGCAAGUCGUCAUCGAUAGUCUCAUGGCUGAUAUGCUAGACCAGACUUACACCAGACCAAAGAGCGCUGUAGUCCAGGCCCAUGACGACAUAUUCCGAAGAGUGUCACAGCAAUACACGGACGGGGUAGUCCACCAUGUGAAGCAAUUCUCUACAAAUAGCAUUCCUGGUAUCCAAGAGAUGCUCGAUACCAGGCGGCUUUCGUCAGGAGUGACGCCUCUGUAUCAUCUGAUAGAAUAUGCUCAUGAUAUCAAGUUACCAGAUGAAGUAUUCCAGGAUCCCAUUAUCCAGAGACUAGAGCUUCUGGGUGCGGACUUUGUCUUGCUGUCCAAUGACAUUUUAUCUUACCGAAAGGAAGAGAAUGACGACUGCCCGUUUAGCAUGGUCGCAGCUUGUCGAAUGACUGGCCAAUCUCCACAAGAGGCAUUCGAUACAGUCGGAAACCUUCUUGAGGCAAGAUACCAAGAUUGGCAGAAUGCAAUUGAGCAACUGCCAAGUUGGGGACCUGAGAUCGACGCGAAUGUCGCUCGUUAUAUUCAAGGCAUUCAAAAUGUAGUGCAAGCCAACAUCACGUGGAGGUAUGACAUUCUUCCCAAAAGUGAAACCGAUUAA